GCGCUCACGCCUGCCGGUGCAGCGUGAGAUGCGCAUGUGAUGAUAAACGCAGGACCCGGUUUCUCUCUCUCUCUUCUCUCACACACACACACACACACACGCACACACACAGCUUUCAAGACACAGAAAAUCUAGAUUUACAGGCUGAUCAGACCUGAAUGUACCAGGUCUGCUCGGUUUCAACUGCACCGAGUGCCGGCUCUGGCCCAGGCUGCAGCCAUGCCUCUUCUGGAAGAGACCACCCAGCCUCAAGAGCACCCACCUACCAUCCCUGUUGUCAUCAUAGGCAAUGGGCCAUCGGGUAUUUGUCUGUCCUACCUGCUGAGUGGGUACAAGCCCUACCUAGAUUCGGCAACUGUCCACCCAAACCCAAUACUAUACAGGAAACUGCAGGAGACCAAGCAUCUACCCAUCACUGAACAGGAUCUGGAAUACUUGAGUGAAGGUCUUGAGGGAAGGUCAAGGAAUCCAGUGGCUGUGCUUUUUGACACACUGCUGCACCCCAAUGCUGACUAUGGCUAUGAGUUCCCUCCUGUCCUUCAGUGGAGGAGAGACAAGCAGCAACACAUCCCACAUCUGGUGCUGGGCAGGGCAACACCCGGAGGUGCUUGGCAUGCAAUGGAAGGCUCCAUGCUUACUAUUAGUCUUGGCAUCUGGAUGGAGCUUCCUGGUGUCAACUACAGAGACUUGACCAACGCGAAAUGCAGGGAUGUGACCAGUGACAGAGCAACCCCAGAGGAAAUCUCAUCCUAUUACCGUAACUAUGUGAAGCUAAAGGGUCUCCAAAAGAAUUUUGUUGACAACACCUAUGUGACCUCCGUCCAGAAACUCUGCCGGGGUCACAAUGGGGAAGGUCUGGAAAAUGGGCACACUAAUGAAGGAGAUGUGGGUGUGGGAGACAGUAGAAGUGAGGGCUUUGACGGAAAUGGAGUAGAGUGUGUAAACAACGGAGCAGGGGGGGUUCUAUGGGAAGUAAGGGGAUAUCAGCAGGUGCAGAACGACACUCACGUCCCCUUCUGUCUGUUUGCUGAGAAUGUAGUUCUGGCCACUGGUGCAUCAGAUUCACCUAUACGAUUAGGUGUAGAGGGGGAGGACCUACCUUUUGUAUUCCACAGUAUCUCAGACCUAGGGUUGGCUGUAGGCAGGAGAAAGCUGGAUAUGAACUCUGAUCCGAUUUUAAUUGUCGGUGCCGGUUUAAGUGCUGCAGAUGCAGUUCUGUGCGCUUGCAACAGCAACAUUAGGGUGCUGCAUGUCUUUCGUAAGAGUGUAGAUGACUCAGAUCUCAUCUUCAAACAGCUGCCCAAGACCCUGUACCCAGAGUACCACAACGUUUACAACAUGAUGUGCUCUCAGACCUACACAAAUGUGGCUCCCUCCUCUGCUCCUAACAGACCCCAGGUAGUUAGUAUUGCCACUUCAGUAUGUACCAAGAUGUGCCCAAAGCCCCAACUUGCUGCAGGUAACAUGGCUGGUAAUGCCAGUGUUGGCUUGUUUCCUGACUACACUAGUUUCCCGGAACACUGUGUGGUGUCCUUCCAGUCUGACAUGAAGUGUUUGCUGCAGGGAAUGAACUCCCUCAAGGCAUUCAAGAUCUCCAUGGUCCUGGUGCUGAUUGGGACCAACCCAAACUUAUUUUUUUUGAAGGGGCAAGGCCAGUACCUGGGUCAGGAUCCAACAAAACCCAUCUCUUGCAAGCAGAACCCCAUUGACAUCCACCCAUUCACUUUUGAGUGUACCAAGGAACCAUGUCUAUUUGCCAUGGGCCCGCUGGUGGGAGACAACUUUGUACGCUUUUUGAAGGGUGGCGCUUUAGGCAUCGCCUCGUGUCUGCUAAAGAGACUCAAGAAGAAUGGGAAGCUCAUAAGCAAUGGAGUGAAUAACUUAAUUUGAAAACGUGAUGAAAAGAUGAGCAGAAGGGCACAGGUUUUGACUGGUUUUACCAACUGAUGUAAAAGGUGUGGUUUUAAUAUGUUCAAAUCAUUCAUGCAGUACUUUUUAAUCAAAGCUGAGAAAUGUUUUCACCUGACAGAGACCAAAAAGGCAGUGGAUGUACACUAAUUAGUUUCUAGAGAAACAAAAGAAAGCUUUCAAGAGUCUUGUCUGACUUCACAAGAAGUCCAAGCUACCAUGUGCCAAUGUUUUCUUUGUCAAUCUGUAACCUCACAACGGAAUGGGACCUUAUUUUCAUCAGGGUUAUUUAUUUGUUCACCAUGUGUCUUUCAAUCCAUUUACAAACUAACUUUACUUGACUUUAACUCUUGUUUUUAUAAAGUUUAAGAGACGGAAUCCUUAAUAUUAGAAGCAACUGCUCCUAUUCCUCGUGUAACAUUGAGCUUAAUUUGCGUCUGUCAGUGGCACUUGCAGACUACACUGCGGACCUGCGUAUAAACUUGCGAUGAUCUGAACUCUACACAUGAGGGGUGAUUCACAGAAGGCGUGAACUGACAAGUUCAUGGCCACGCAAACUUAAUGUUCCUGUUUAUUCUCAGCCUAUCACAUUUUUUUGUUGUUGUUUUAUUAACGUCAGAGAUUAUUCUUUUAGCUGCUGUUGUAGGAGCAAAUAUAGUCAGAGCUAUAUCUAUCCAUCCAUCUAUCUAUCUACAAAAGUUUGAAAAGUCUAUCAAAUCUGACAUGUUGCUUUGAUUACUCUACAACUGAAAAGAUUUCUAUGCAAAUAAUUUCACUUGCUGAUCUGAAUGUAUUAAUGGGCACCCAUUGCUAAGUAUAUUAAAGGCAGCAAAAUGGCAUUAAAGUGUCUCAGCAAAAGUCAGCUCUUUAAAGGGACCAUUCUGGUGUUUUAAAUGAGUCUUUUUUUUUCGUUAACCUUAUUUACUACAGUAUAAAAAUCUUUAUGUUUAACUCCAGUGAACAUAUAUAUAUUUGUAUAUAUUCUUAACUGGGAAAACUGUAAGAAAGGAGAACAGUAUAUUGUGACUAGUAGAAAAUAGGAUUAAACCAGAAAUACCAGCAUGUUCCUUUAAUUGAAGCCUUUAAAGAUAAUUGCCAAUUAAAUUAUGGCUAGAAUAUGGAAAAAGUAAAACAAUUCUAGCAUCAUAGUUCAUUUAUGUUGACACCACAAUUAACUCGUCACUUUGAACACUCUUUUGCAUUAAUUAGAAUCCAUAUCAAUACAGAUGGAGAGAUGAUUAUUUAAAAAUGGAGAGAAUGGGAAAAGCACACUUGCAAAAUGCCAACUUUUACAAUCAUGCCAUCCAAAUAUUUUAUUUUUUAUAUUUUAGCAAACCAAAUCUUAGCAUCCACUUUCUAUUUUUGUAAUUACAUUAUGCAUUUUAUGAACAUGUUUUGGCUAUCCCUGUGAAGAGUAACAUCUAAACUAUUCAAGAUUAGACUAUCAGUAUUUAUUGCUGAUUAUCUGUCAUAUAUAUAUAUAUAUAUUAUAUAUAUUAUAUAUAUAUAUAUAUAUAUAUUAUUCAAGACAAUAUAUAUAUAUAUUGUUUUUUUCUUCAAACUGUGUAACAUGAUACGCAACUCUGUUUGUAUUACUCUACACAACAAUUACCAAGUCAGAUUUCUUUCACAACUAUUUCUGAGAUACAACGACAAUGCAAGUGCACAGGUAAUCUCCCAGUUCAUGUUGAAUCACCCGUGUGUCGCCCAUAAAUUCGCAGGACUUUUCAAAAAAUCAGCUUCACCAUAAAAAGCCACUACAGGUUGUAGUGUCAAAAAUAACUUUAUAAUAAAAAAAUGAGCAGCAACCAAUUUUUCUUUUUCCAAUACAUUUAGCUUUUUAUCAGUUAUUUAAACACAGUUUAUAAGUGUGUUGCCAUAUGAAUAUUUUUCUUGUUCUUUGAGCUUGCCACUCACGCACAGCUCAAUGUUUUUUUAUUGUGAUGUGACACUUUGAUCCCAGUAGGGAAUUUCUUUUUUCACCCCUUCAUACAAUACAGUAGUAAGAGUGGAUGGUGAAACAUCAAUAAAUAAUGUACGUCACAUUUUCCACUAACAAUAUUAGUUUGUUUGACACAUUACCAAUUAAGUUUUGCCAGUCAUAUAACAGUUAAAUAGUGCAAAUGUUACCUGUGUUAAAUACUGACUUUUAUCUGAAUUAUUUCUUGAAGAUUUUUCACAGAUUUCUGAACAUUGUUUUGAUAUAACUAAUAAAUAUAUGCAUGUUGGCAUUAACAACUGCCCAGCAGCAGCGGCUUUGGGCAGAAGCCAGAAAAGUGCGACACAAGGACAUAUGUGGUAAGAUAACUCUAUGUUUUGAAUUGACUUCCAACGAAAAGAAAAAAAUGUGAUCCUGUUACAUCUAGGAUGUAUGUAUUUUAGAAAGCAACUUCCAAGUACAUACUUAAGUAGUAAAGAAAUAAAAUAAACUUCUUAUGUGAACAGUUUUGG